AGGUUUCAUCGUAGACGCUUGAAUUGGAAUGGAAUUUCGGACUACUUCGAUUCGGACAAAAUGCUAUUCUAAGUAGGACAACAAUCGGUUCUUUUUGAAAGCUGCACCAAUACUAAGAUGAGUUUAGAUGCAGAGAGGGAGAGAAAGCGCCGGUCCAGUGGCAGCACAACAUUGACAGCUCAGCAUGUGACUGACAACCUAGGUAGUUAUGGGGAGGUGAUUCUUCACUGCACUGUUAACAUUACACGAGGUAUUCGGGAAUGUGGCAACACCAUCGUGCUGAAACAUGUGUGUGCCCUUCUUAACUCUGGAGGGGGAAUUCUGCACAUGAGGAACCUGGAUGCAGAGCGAGGGGUGGUGUUAUCCAAACACCUCGACACGUGGUGGAGUGGUAUGGAGAUCAAAAUGGCCGAGAUUCUCUCGCGUGAUGACAUUUGUAACUACUUCGACCUUGUUGGUAACCAUGAUGACCGGGACCUGUACCUGUUUGUAAAGACUGCUGAGCAUCUGUGUACCUUGAAAUACCACUGCAGGCUUCCGACAGACACAGCUACCCAUGAUGUGACGUACCAGUCAUUGAUGCGUCUCCUAGUGGAACGUGGCGAGCCUGGGACCCUCGAAGAUCUCCCACUGGUACCUGACAGAUAUGUGUUCGGGCGCUCAGCCAGCGAACUGAAGAAGGAAACCAAGCAGAUUCAAUUCAAGCAACUCUGUGCCGCACAAAACAAACAGAAGGGCACAAGCACACUCCCGGAGCGUGUUUGUGGUCUGAUGGUGAAAUAUGUGUCAGCCUUCGCCAAUCAUGCGGGCGGCCAUAUAUACUUUGGUAUCGCAGACACCCGGGCAAAUGUGGUGGGUGAGGAGAUGACGCACGCAGAUCAACACAAUCUAGAGCAGCUGAUUGCCGGUCGUAUGCGGAAUAUGAUAUGGGGGGACAGGAAUGUACCAGUUUCCCGCGGUGUUCACUGGGAUGUAAACUUCUACCCCGUGGAGAAUGCUCCGAAAAAGACUGUGCGUGUGGUAGUGGUGGUGUCAGUGGUGCGUUUUCCUGGCGGUGUAUUCACCCACUGUCCAGUCAGCAGCUACGUAGGCACCAGUGGGAGAUUGGAGGAAUUCACCUUCACCCAGUGGCGGGACGCAGUGCUCAAUCCUCUUAGAGAUGUGCCCGAGCUUCACAACCGGUUCCAGAAGCUGAUGUUACUGGUUCCCCGCGCACCACUCAUCUUUACAUUGCCCAACACUGUGGACAUUAUCAGACAGAAAGUGUUACAAGUAAAGAUGGACACUGUACAGCCUCGUCAGUACAUCGAGAGUUAUGCCAUUCCGCAGUACAGGGAGGCAAUCCGGGCAGUUCUUAACUUCUUCAAGGGACAAAACUCCAUCAUUAUGGGCAUGGAGUGCUGGGGCGUGAAAAUCCCCAUGGCAGAAUGUGCAGACACCAUCUGUGAUGUCGCAAUAGUUACAGAGUUCCAUAAUGUGCAUGUCCUGACAUUCUCUACAGCCUACAACGAUGCAGUGAUACAUCAUUCCCAGUCAGCGGCAGCCAUCUUGAAAACAAGGCUAGUUCAGCAUGGGGGUUGUACAGAAAAAUUUAGUGUGGUUUCUCAUGUUUUGGACAUCACAAAUCAGGAUAUUCUGCAUAUUUUAGAAACUCAAAUGGCCGGCAGAGAUAUUUACCCAUCUCAUUUUGCUCCCAGUAAAAGAAAAUUUGACAAGAUCUUGAACUCCUUAGUUAUAUGCAUGGGGUCCUACAUGGCCAAGUCCCAAGUCGUUCACAGUAUUAAUCAAAAUGGCUACUACUACUUCCUGCUGACUCAUGACCAGUUUGAGUUGCUAUGGACGCAGCAGUUCACCAAGGAAUUGUGGGUACAUGGUCCAGCCGGGGCGGGGAAAACUGUGGCAGCCGCACAGAUGAUCCAGGAACUACGCCGAAGAGGCUGUCAACUGGAAAACAUCCUGUAUCUGGCAGAAAACGAGAAACUCUGCGAUUUUGUAAAGUCCCACAAUCUAUGCCUCGUUACAACCAGACGACAGAUAUUGGCUGAGAGCCAAGACCCCAGGAUUAUGGACAGGAAAUAUGGGCAUGUCUGUAAUGUGAUUAUAGAUGAGGUUCAAAAUUUCAAAGACAGGGAUGGUGAUUGGUACAGCCUGGCUCAGCAGAUAGCCAAUCAGAAUCCUCCUAACAAACUCCAUAGGUGUUCAAAUUAUUUUUGGCUUUUCAUGGACUACUCGCAAAAAGUGCACAAGUUCAAAGCAGGGUUGCCAGCGGUGAUUGGAAAGAACAAUUUUAUGUUGAGCGAAGUGAGUCGAAGUACAAAGGAGAUAUUUGACUUCACAUCUAGGCUGAUGAUGGCCUCGGAGAACGUUGAGGGGCUAACACACCCUGGAUUACAAUCAGUCAACAGCGUCCCAAAACUGGCUCAUAACUUCUCCUCAGGGAAAGGCGUGGAUAUACUGUCGUGCAAGGAGGAUGAAAUGAGAACCCUGCUGUCACGAGUGUUGUCUGGACUGCUUCAAAAUGGCGUCCACCAGGAUGACAUAGCAAUUUUGGUGGGCAAGAGGAAGGAGCUGGAUCACCUGCAGACAGAGUUGUCCUCCUUAAACCUGGAUAAAUCUUCAGUUGCAGGGAGGAAGGAUUCAAGGGACAUCAACCAUAUGACUAGCAGGAGGUCUGUUGAGGAGCACCUACAGAGUUGUGGAUCAGACAGAAGCUUACAGCAUGAUCGCAGUAGGUCCCGCAGUCCAAGUCUACAAUCCAUCGCGGAAAACCCGUCCUCCAUGUCGCUAGAGGAUGUCUCUGAUGAUAGUUUCGAUGAAUCUUUUGAGAUCAGCAACCCAUUUGAUGUACUCACUCAGGGAAAUUUGGAUUCUGCAGAGCAAGAAUUGCCUGGUGAAUUGAACAAUCAAUCUGUUGCCAUGGAAACUGGUGACCCUGUUGCUAAGAAACAGAAAGUAACAUUCUACAGGUAUGAUUCAAGUGUAGAUGAAUCUGACUCAGAGAGUCCUCAGAAAGAAAACGAUUGGAAAUUGAGCAUGAAGAGCAAGGAAGGUUCUGUUUCCAAGGAGAUAGAUGGAGUUGCCAUAGAUACGGUUAGAAGGUUUAGUGGCUUAGAUAAGGCAGCAGUUAUUGGUAUUAACCCAUAUGUGAACGAGGAACAUGCAGACUUUAGUAAGUUUCUGCUUAGUUUGGCGACCAGGGCAAAAGAUAAUCUCGUCAUCAUCACAACCUCAGACAAUGUGAAACAGAGACUGGAUAAACUUGUUAACUGACAUCAAGAUUUUAUUAGUAAAGUUUAAAGUCAGCUAAAUGAUGAAGAAAGAGGCAUUAAAAUUUACCUUCAAGUCUUAAAACAGUCAUCGAAAUUAGACUUUGUGUGAACAGGCCUGAAUUCUGACACUAGUGCUUGACAUCAACAUUCAUAGCAAGCCCUACUAUAUAAAAUUCAGAAUUUCAGCGAGCCCAGGAAGCAUUUAACCAGUGCAGGGCUUGCAGGCUUCUGCUAAUUUUGACCACUGUUAAAAUAUGACUUUCUGAGAAAAAUGAAUUAUUCCUGAAUGAUGUUGUUGUUGUUAGAUAGAUUUUUACCUUUUUAGUAAACUAUGAUUAAGUACAGUAAAAUACAAGACUUGUAUGAUUACUUAGAUUUUUACCUCAGACAUGUAAGAUUUGUCCUAUUUAGAAAACAAUGAUGCAAGUAAUAUUGAUUACGGUAUUGUAAUAUGAUUACUUAGUACUUCAAAAAAUCUGAAAGUUAAAAUUCAGAUUUGGAAUGUUUUUUUUGCCUAAUAUUUCCUCUGUUUUGUUGUUUGCAUUGUAAAAACUCCUAUGUUACUCACAAAUGUUUGAGAUUUUAAUAAUUGCUCAAAUGUGCCAUACUAUAAUGGAUAAGAUGGCACCAUUUUAAUUGUCUUACAGUAACAAUAAUUUGGUGUAGUUAAUUAGUGGAUUAGUUUUUGUUCGUGAAUAUACAGCCAAACCCUUUUGGCUCGAACUCCCAGGGACCGGCAAAAAAAUACUUUGAGCUUUGGGAAAUUCAAGCCAAGCUGGGAAUGCUUUGUACGAAAAAUAGGUCCUUUACAUUCAGUUCAACCCAACGAAGAAAUUGAGCCUUGCCAGUUUGAGUCAACAGGGUUCAACUGUGCUCAUUAUGGACAAUUAGAUGUUGAUGUUUUUAGUGUACUGUUAAUCUUUGUAUAAAUAAAAAUAUAUAUAUAUAAUUAUUAUUUUUUUGAUAAAAAUUCAAGACAAGUUUUACACCAAAGCUUGGACCGUCGUUGUUAACAAAUACAGGUAUGUUUAGAAACUGCUUUGUACUUUUACAUUAAUUCAAAAUGUUUUUAAUUCUAUGCAUGAUGUCAGUUUUUCAUUAAACUUUUUUUUAUAUAACUGACUGACUAGUUUCAAGACAAAUUUCAAGCCAUAGUUUGAAAUGUGAUUGUUAACAAAUACAGGUAUGUUUAUUGUUGUUUUUUUAUAUUGUUAACUUUUCCAAAAAAUCAAAAUGUUUUUACAUCAGGGCAUUAAGACAGUUUUUACAUUAAGACAUUUUUUUUUUAUAAUUCAUUGUUUACACUUUUGAAAUUAAAAACAAUUUUCAAACCACAAAUAGGACUGAAAGACUGUAAUAUUCCAUUUUUAUUCUAAAUAAUAAUUUGUGUAUUUAUUGUGCUAAAAGCAAUAAACGUAACCAAAUAGUAACCAAAUAGCGUGUACAAAUAACAACGCUAACUCCAUCAUUACAAGUGUCAUUGCACGAUGUGAAAAUGAUGUCAUAAAACAAAAUAGUGCAUCUUUAAAAUGUCAUUUGUUAUGAAAUUAUGAGUUUUUUUUAGUGAUUUAACCAGUAUUGUAUAUACAUGUUAAAAAGAGUUAUUAAUACUGUGUUUUUAUCCUGAAUGUCAAAUUGAACUCUUAUGGUUUUUUUGCAGAUUUUGAUUUCAAUCUCCUACAUGUAUUAUAUAAAAAUGCAGUACUAAUAACCCGAUUAUAUGAAAAAUUGUUAACAACUUUUUUACAAUGUAUACUCUCUUCACAUUGUCUUCCAUACAAUCAUAUAAAAGUAACUCUUCUUUUUUUAUUUUUUGCUUCACAGAUAUUUAUCAAAAACCAUAUCAAACUGUCUUGUUUACUUUGGUUAUAUUUUUUAUAUACAUGUACAUUGUUCCUUUUUAUACAUGCACUUAACUGUUUUAUAUACUGAUGUG